GCCAUAUAGUCGGGCAUCCAUUUCUCACAAAUUAUUCCCCACAAAAUAAAAACCAUGAAAAGCUCCAUCGUCCUAGUGGCAGCAGCUAUCCUCUGCAUCGUCGCUUUUCCUACCGCAACCGUCGGCAAGAACCUGAGAUUCGGGCUAAAACCUACCCAAGGAUGGCCACAUCCGUCGGAAGCCUCAACAAACCAGAUGUUUAUGAGCACUUCCCAAAAGUUUAACUAUGGGGACUCUAAAGUUUGGAGAUGUACUUAUAGCAACGGGUCUGCUCCUGCCAUUUCCAUUUCCAUUUCUCCGCCAACUCCAACAAUGCCGUCACCGUCAACACCAACUACUCCGUCUCCUUCGCCACCCACUCCCAAAACGUCUCCGCCGCCACCUACACCAUCUCCUCCACCUCCAACAUCCAAGAAAGCUCCAUCCCCAUCCCCACCGCCACCGCCACCUACACCAUCUCUUCCUCCUCCGACUCCAACUAAAGUUCCAUCUCCGCCGCCACCUACACCAUCUCCUCCACCUCCAACUCCAACGAAAGCUCCAUCUCCGCCGCCACCUACACCAUCUCUUCCUCCUCCGACUCCAACCAAAGUUCCAUCUCCGCCGCCACCUACACCAUCUCUUCCUCCUCCGACUCCAACCAAAGUUCCAUCUCCGCCGCCACCUACACUAUCUCCUCCUCCUCCGACUCCAACGAAAGCUUCAUCUCCACCACUGCCAAAACCAUCUCUUCCUCCUCCAACUCCUAAGAAAACUCCAUCUCCACCGCCGCCAACACCAUCUCUUCCACCUCCAACUCCCAAGAAGUCUCCGUCUCCUUCGCCGCCAAGUGAUGAUGAGUCAUCAUCUCCUAGCCAGCCAUCAAACCCCCCUCAGGAGCAUCAUCAUCAUCAUGAGUUUCCAUUGGAACACAUUGGAAGAUGUUAUAGAAACAUGGGGCAAGUUGGGUUUUGUCGGGGGCAGAUGGCGAUCAGUUUCUACACGAGGUUGUUUAAAGUCAGUAAGUAUUGUUGCAACCUUAUCGUCAACAUGAAAAAUGAAUGCGACGACGUCAUUUGGGGAUACUUCUACGAUCCUCACUUUGUUCCUCUUGUUCGUUGCACUUGCCACGUCUCCUUCUAGCUAGUUCUUCGCUUCUUUUCUUAGUUAGGGAUUUUUAUUUAAUGGUUUUUUUACUUCUUUGAUUCCGUUUAGUCAUUCAAUAUUGUUGUCGUCUAUAUCUUAUGGACGCCUCUUUUAGUACAACGUUUUAAUUAAUGAAUAACAUGGCUUUCUUUUA